GUGUAGCAAGGUUCCAUAGUAACUUCAUUGGCACCGUGCGCGCUUGGCUGUCGUACACUGGGUAGUAGAAGCCGCUUCAUAGCGCUAAACAGAAAAUAGAUAUUUCAUACGUCACUUUUCCUCUCCAACACCCGUGGAAAUGUUUAACAGUCUUCUCAGGGAAUUUGACGAGGACCCUUUCUUGUCGGAUCCAUUCCAGGCACACAACACACAUGUACAACAGAUGAUGCGGAGUUUAUCAGAGCCCUUCGGUCGGGACUUCAUGCCCAGUCUGACAGGCGGAUGUGACAGGGGCCGCGUAGCUGGGGGCCAACCCAACACUAACAUGGCGCUACAGGAGGACCACAGGGGGAUGAGCCAGUCGCUUUCACCUUUCGGCAGUAUUGAUAGCACGGACAUGGAGUCGAGGAACCCUUUCAGUAUGUUGGACAGCAUGAUGUUCGGCGUGAGGAACAGGAUGGGGAACAUGCACAGAAACUUUGAGAACCUGUCCACAGACCUGAACGCCAACCCCACCGCCCACUCAUUCAGCUCCUCCUCAGUGAUGACCUACUCUAAGGUUGGAGACGAACCCCCCAAAGUGUUCCAGGCCUCCUCCCAGACACGGCGUGCUCCCGGCGGGAUUAAGGAGACUCGGCAGUCCCUGAAGGACUCAGAGAGUGGCCUGGAGAAGAUGUCCAUUGGACACCAUAUCCAGGACCGGGGACACGUGCUGGAGAAAAAACACAACAAGAAGACAGGGGAACGGGAGCUCAACCAGGACUUCCAGAAUCUGGAUGAAUCCGAGGCACAGUCCUUUGACAAAGAGUGGCAGCAAGAGGUGUCUAAAUUCCGACCAUUUGUCCCCAUGUCCCGUCUGGAGGCCCCCAAGCCCAGGGCAGUGCACCGGGCAGCCCUCACCGCCGCCACCGGCCCCGACCAGGGACGGAGGGACAAACGAAACCCAAAACCUGAAGGAAAGAAAAUACACAUUGACGAUCUCAACGUCAAAGGCUCAGGCAUGACGAAGCAGUAGAAAUGUCUAGCGAAUAAAGCUAUGUCAGGCAACAAAUAUUUGAUGCUUUUACCUUUCUCCAAAACAAGCUUGGUUUCCAGGUAUUUUGUCUCACAGACAAUCAGAAUGACCCAGUUGUUGAUAUGCUUUUUACCCAUUAAUUUUCACACUACCAAGUAAAGAACACUUGUUAAUGAAGUCAGGAACUUAUUCUGUCAGAGUAGAUCCACACAAGCUUCUUCCAAAAAGCUCAGGACUCCUGUGGAAGUAGCAUUAAGACAGGGACACCAUAAGCUACUAGCAAGUGAUAUAUGAUUUCAGAAUCAUGAUAUGAGAGCAGACAUUGUUCACAAUUAGAUAAUACCGUAUAUUGGUCUAUCAUUGGGCAUCAGAUCAAUGUCAAUGUCAUCUCAGAAAAACUAUCCUGCUUUUGGAAAUGUCAUAUUCACAUUGUAUAGAUUGCAUCAAAAGGAAACAUAGGUAUAUAUUUAUGCAGUUUGAAGUCCAUAAGUGCACUUAGAUGUCAAAAUGGUGUACUUUUUUGUGUAAUGGCCACCUGCUGUAAUCUUUGUAAAAAUUAUAAUACCCUUUUUAUAUUGUUAUUUGAUGACGGUUUCUUGUUUUUCACCAUACUAUUAAUUUAUCCCAUAAAACACAGAAUUUAUGGUUGGGAGGAAAGGUUAAUGUCCGGUUAAUUCUGAAAUAUUCUCAUGAUGGGAUUCUUAUCGAUUGACCUCAUAAGAUCCUCAAUUUGAAAAUAAAUAUUUAAUAUCAAAAGUGAAUGGUAGCAUAGAGUAUUCUUCAACUGAGUGUGUAUUUUGAAGGUUCCAAAAUGUCCUUUUUUUUUGUAGGUACCAAAAUGUAUUUUACUCGUCAUCAAGCAUUGUGUUAAUCACUGUUCAGAGUGUCUGAUACUGUACGGGAGAGCUGCUGGCUGUGCCUGUGGCAAAUACAUCUCGCAGGGUAUUUUUGGAACAGACCUGUCAGUGACUCAGAGAUGUCUGAGCGGUCGCACACAGCUGUUAUGAAAACAGCGCUCUCUCUCGUGUCACGUGGCCCAUGUGCUCCAGAUUUAGUUGAACUUGUAUAUAUUUAUGUCUCGUCGCAUUUAUAUCAAGUGUCAAAAUAUACAGUUGAAGUUGGAAGUUUGCAUACACCUUAGUCAAAUACAUUUAAACUCAGUUUUUCACAACUCCUGACAUUUAAUCCUAGUAAAAAUUCCCUGUAUUAGGUCAGUUAGGAUCACCACUUUAUUUUUAGAAUGUGAAAUGUCAGAAUAAUAGAGAAUUAUUUAUUUCAGCUUUUAUUUCUUUCAUCACAUUCCCAGUGGGUAAGAAGUUUACAUUCACUCAAUUAGUAUUUGGUAGCAUUGCCUUUAGCUUCUUAUGGGCAGGUGGGAUGGUAGCGUCCCACCUGGCCAACAUCCGGUGAAAUUGCAGUUUGUGAAAUUCAAACUACAGAAUUAUAAAUAUUUAACUUAUAUAAAAUCACAAGUGUAAUACAUCAAAAUAAAGCUUAACUUCUUGUUAAUCCAGCCGCUGUGUCAGAUUUCAAAAAGGCUUUACGGCGAAAGCACACCAUGUGAUUAUCUGAGGACAGCGCCCCGCAUACAAUACCAUGAAAAACAUAUUUCAACCAGGCAGGUGCUACACGAAAGACAGAAAUAGCGAUAUAAUAAAUGCCCUACCUUUAAUCUUCUGUUGUAACUGGGACCUUUUGGAGUGCCAUCAUAAAUGGUCCUUCUGUUUGAUUAAUAUCCUUCUUUAUAUCCAUAAAAACUCAGUUUAGCUGGCAUGUUUCAGUCAAUAAUCCACCCAGUUUCCCUCCAUCAAAAUGAAUCCGAAACGUUACUAAUAAACUUUUCCAAACAAGUCAAACAACGUUUAUAUUCAAACCUUAGGUACCCUAUUACGUAAAUUAAUGAUAAAAUUUCAGACGGAAUCGUUAUUGUCAUUACCAGAGAAAAAUACCAAAGAACGCGCUCUCAUUCACGAGCCUGGAAACACUACAGCCAAAAUGGGAGCCACCUAGAAAAACUUAAUUUCUGGCUCAUUUUUCAAAAAAAACACCCCGAAACUCUUUCUAAAGACUGACAUCUAGUGGAAGCCAUAGGAACUGCAAUCUGGGAGGACUUUGCCUUAUAAUAAAAGUGACAGCCAUUUAAAAUAGUGGUAGGCCCCCCCCAGAAAAUUUGGGGGAUGGUUUGUCCUUGGGGUUUCGGUUUUGUUAUACUCAUAAACCUUAUUUUAACAGUUUUAGAAACUUUAGUGUUUCCUAUCCAAAUCUACCAAUUAUAUGCAUAUCCUAGCUUCUGGACCUGAGUAACAGGCAGUUUAUUUUGGGCACGCUUUUUAUCCAGAUGUGAAAAUACUGCCCCCUACCCAAGUGAGGUUAAAUUGUUUAACUUGGGUCAAAUGUUUCGGGUAGCCUUCCAUAAGCUUCCCACAAUAAGUUGGGUGAAUUUUGGCUCAUUCCUCCUGACAGAGUUGGUGUAACUGAGUCAGAUUUGUUGGCCUCCUUGCUCGCACACGCUUUUUCAGUUCUGCUCACACAUUUUCUAUAGGAUUGAGGUCAGAGCUUUGUGAUGGCCACUCCAAUACCUUGACUUUGUUGUCCUUAAGCCAUUUUGACACAACUUUGGAAGAAUGCUUGGUAUCAUUGUCCAUUUGGAAGACCCAAUUGCAACCAAGCUUUAACUUCCUGACUGAUGUCUUGAGAUGUUGCUUCAAUAUAGCCACAUCAUUUUCCUUCCUCGUGAACCAUCUAUUUUGUGAAGUGCACCGGUACCUCCUGCAGCAAAGCACCCCCCACAACAUGCUGCCGCCACCCUUGUGCUUCACGGCUGGGACAGUGUUCUACAACUUGCAAGCAUUUUACCUCCAAACAUAACGAUGGUCAUUAUGGCCAAACAGUUAUAAUUUUGUUUCAUCAGACCAGAGGCCAUUUCUCCAAAAAGUACAAUCUUUGUCCCCAUGUGCAGUUGCCAACCGUAGUCUGGAUUUUUUCCUUGCUUAAUAAGGCAUUUGGAAAUUGCUCCCAAGGAUGAACCAGACUUGUGGAGAUCUACAAUUUCUUUUCUUAGGUCUUGGCUGAUUUCUUUUGAUUUUCCAAUGUCAAGCAAAGAGGCACUUGGUUUGAAGGUAGGCCUUGAAAUACAUCCACAGGUACACCUCCAAUUGACUCAACUGUUGUCAAUUAGCCUAUCAGAAGCUUCUAAAGACAUUACAUAAUUUUCUGGAAUUUUACAAGCUGUUUAAAGGCACAGUCAAUUUACAUAUGUAAACUUAUGACCCACUGGAAUUGUGAUACAGUGAUUUAUAUGUGAAAUAAUCUGUAAACAAUUGUUGGAAAAAUGACUUGUGUCAUGCACAAAGUAGAUGUCCUAACUGACUUGCCAAAGCUAUAGUUUGUCAACAAUAAAUUUGUGCAGUGGUUGAAAAACACAUUUUUAAUGACUCCAACCUAAGUGUAUAUUAACUUCCGACUUCAACUGUAUUAAGGAAUCACCUAUAAUGUUAAAUCAACAAAUGCUCAUACAGUGGGGCAAAAAAGUAUUUAGUCAGCCACCAAUUGUGCAAGUUCUCCCACUUAAAAAGAUGAGAGGCCUGUAAUUUUCAUCAUAGGUACACUUCAACUAUGACAGACAAAAUGAGAAAAAAAAUCCAGAAAAUCACAUUGUAGGAUUUCUUAAUGAAUUUAUUUGCAAAUUUAUGGUGGAAAAUAAGUAUUUGGUCAAUAAAAGUUUCUCAAUACUUAUAUACCCUUUGUUGGCAAUGACAGAGGUCAAAUGUUUUCUGUAAGUCUUCACAAGGUUUUCACACACUGUUGCUGGUAUUUUGGCCCAUUCCUCCAUGCAGAUCUCCUCUAGAGCAGUGACGUUUUGGGGCUGUUGCUGGGCAACACAGACUUUCAACUCCCUCCAAAGAUUUUCUAUGGGGUUGAGAUCUGGAGACUGGCUAGGCCACUCCAGGACCUUGAAAUGCUUCUUACGAAGCCACUCCUUCGUUGCCCAGGCGUGUUUGGGUGUGUUUGGGAUCAUUGUCAUGCUGAAAGACCCAGCCACGUUUCAUCUUCAAUGCCCUUGCUGAUGGAAGGAUCUUCAAUGCCCUUGCUGAUGGAAGUUUUCACUCAAAAUCUCACGAUUCAUGGCUCCAUUCAUUCUUUCCUUUACACGGAUCAGUCGUCCUGGUCCCUUUGCAGAAAAACAGCCCCAAAGCAUGAUGUUUCCACCCCCAUGCUUCACAAUAGGUAUGGUGUUCUUUGGAUGCAACUCAGCAUUUUUUGUCCUCCAAACACGACGAGUUGAGUUUUUACCAAAAAGUUAUAUUUUGGUUUCAUCUGACCAUAUGCCAUUCUCCCAAUCUUCUUCUGGAUCAUCCAAAUGCUCUCUAGCAAACUUCAGACGGGCCUGGACAUGUACUGGCUUAAGCAGGGGGACACGUCUGGCACUGCAGGAUUUGAGUCCCUGGCGGCGUAGUGUGUUACUGAUGAUAGGCUUUGUUACAUUGGUCCCAGCUCUCUGCAGGUUAUUCACUAGGUCCCCCCGUGUGGUUCUGGGAUUUUUGCUCACCAUUCUUGUGAUAAUUUUGACCCCACGGGGUGAGAUCUUGCGUGGAGCCCCAGAUCGAGGGAGAUUAUCAGUGGUCUUGUAUGUCUUCCAUUUCCUAAUAAUUGCUCCCACAGUUGAUUUCUUCAAACCAAGCUGCUUACCUAUUGCAGAUUCAGUCUUCCCAGCCUGGUGCAAGUCUACAAUUUUGUUUCUGGUGUCCUUUGACAGCUCUUUGGUCUUGGCCAUAGUGGAGUUUGGAGUGUGACUGUUUGAGGUUGUGGACAGGUGUCUUUUAUACUGAUAACAAGGUCAAACAGGUGCCAUUAAUACAGGCAACGAGUGGAGGACAGAGGAGCCUCUUAAUUAAAGAAGAAGUUACAGGUCUGUGAGAGCCAGAAAUCUUGCUUGUUUGUAGGUGACCAAAUACUUAUUUUCCACCAUAAUUUGCAAAUAAAUUCAUAAAAAAUCCUACAAUGUGAUUUCCUGGAUUUUUUUUCUUCUCAUUUUGUCUGUCAUAGUUGAAUAACACACAUGGAAUCAUGCACUAACCAAAAAAGUGUUAAACAAAUCAAAAUAUAUUUUAUAUUUGAGAUUCUUCGAAGUAGCCACCCUUUGCCUUGAUGACAACUUUGCACACGCUUGGCAUUAUCUCAACCAGCUUCAUGGGGAAGUCACCUGGAAUGCAUUUCAAUGAACAGGUGUGCCUUGUUAAAAGUUCAUUUGUGGAAUUUCUUUCCUUAACAUGUUUGAGCCAAUCAGUUGUGUUGUGACAAGGUAGGGGUGGUAUACAGAAGAUAGCCCUAUUUGUUAAUACACUGUGAUGGAAAAUGUUAUACUGGUGCUUUUCUAUUUUAUACAUAUCUGUGUUUUAUGUUUGCUUUUCUAAUAACUGUUUUCUGUGUUCAUGCAAGUGACUGAUUGAAUGAACCCUCACUGUCAGUAUUUGCAGUUCGACCAGACCCUUGUUUUGAUAUCUGUUUCAAGGUCUCAGCUUAGAGAAGAAAUGUUGUGAGGUAUGUAUGGUCUGUCACAAUCAUGACCUAGUAUUGGUGAAUGAAGCAAACUUUAAUGGUGAAUUAAUUAUAAGCUAAAACAUGCAAAUAUGACUUGUCUGCAGUAUAUAAGAGAACUAACAAGACUGUCCCGUUAGAGCUUCUGACAGAUGUUCACUAUGGUGCAUUAAGUUUGUUUAAGAAGCGUGAGGGAAAUUCCUGUCUGACCAAAAGACAACGAAGACCAGACCCUUACUGUGAGCUGCUCAGGAGGUAAUACAUGCUGUAAUUUGCAAACAAUUGAGGGAUGGCAACUGAUUUCAGUAAGUCAAUUUAAAUUAAUCUGCAUAAAGAAAUAUAUAUUGAUAAAAAAUCGAAGGCGAGUAACGCUUAAAAAGCAGAGGUGGGAAAAAGUACUCAAUUCUCAUACUUGAGUAGAAGUAAAGAUUCCUUACUAGAAAAUGACUCAAAAGUGAAAGUCACCCAGUAAAAUACUACUUGAGUAAAAAAGUAUUUGGUUUAAAAUAUAGUUAAGUAUCAAAAGUAAAUAUAGUUGCUUAAAUAUACUAAACUAUCAAAAGUAUCAUAUUAGUUAUCAUUAAUUAUCAUUACAUCCUUAUAUUUAGCAAAACAGAUGGCACAAUUUUCUUUUAUUUAUUUACAGAUAGCCAGGGUCACACUCCAACACUCAGACAUAAUUUAAAAACAAAGCAUUUGUGUUUAGUGAGUCCGCCAGAUCAGAGGCCGUAGGGAUGACCAGGGAUGUACUCUUGUUAAGUGCGCAAAUUUUCUGUCCUGCUAAGCAUUCAAAAUCUAACAACUAAUUUUGGGUGUCAAUACAAAUUUAUGGAGUAAAAAGUCCAUUUUCUUUUGGAAUGUGAUGAAGUAAAAGCUGUCAAAAAUAGUAAAGUACAGUGGCCUCCCGGGUGGCGCAGUGGUCUAAGGCACUGGGUUCGAGCCCAGGCUCUAUUGCAGCCGGCCGCGACCGGGAGGUCCAUGGGGAGACGCACAAUUGGCCUAGCGUCGUCCGGGUUAGGGAGGGUUUGGCCGGCAGGGAUAUCCUUGUCUCAUCGCGCACUAGUGACUCCUGUGGUGGGCUGGGUGCAGUGCAUGCUGACCAGGUCGCUAGGUGUACGAUGUUUCCUCUGACACAAUGGUGUGGCUGGCUUCCAGGUUGGAUGCGUGCUGUGUUAAGAUGGCUCUCGACCACUCCCGAGUCCGGAGGCUACUUAAGUAGUACUUUAAAGUAUUUUUACUUAAGCACUGAUAAAAAAGGUACCCAUAUUUUUAUUCACUAGUUUUAUGAGAAGACUUAACGGUACAAUGGAAAGCCCCGCUGACAGCUGUCUGUAGGCAUUUACAAGAAACUUCUACGUGGUCUGCAGCCACUAUAAAAUGACACAAGGUAUUUUUGAAUAUGGGGUGUUAUAUGUAUAGCAAGUAGCGGCAAGAGAACCGUUGAAGAUACAUAUGGUGCAUAACAAGAAACAGCAAGAGGAUUGUUGAAGAUGCACAUGGGGUAAUGAGGAAGUGUGUUUGAGAAUAGUACUGAGUGAAUGUGGAUGUGAGAAAUGACAUAUUAAGUUGAUUGAAAUGUGGAUAAUAAAUGGAUUGAAAUUAUUAAUAUUAAGAUUGGAAUUUGGAUAAUCAGAUUGAAUUUUGGAUAUUAAGCUGAUUGAAAUUUGGAUAACAAGAUUGAGAUUCAAAUGUACCUAUAAAUGAUUGGGUGAAUGAGAGCUGUCAGGAGACUAGCACACCUGUGAAAGAGGUGAAUGAAUGCCACAACCAGUUCUGUGGGCUGAGUUUUUAAAUACGUAACGUUAUCUAGUGUUCUGUCCACCACCGCCAUUGGAUCUAGAGGUAAAGUAUGUCUCAGAAAUGUCUCAGAAAUCUCCUACGUAACAUGUCUUUUUAGUGACGAGGACAACAUGAUAACAUGUCUCAUUAGUAACGAGGAUAACAUGUCUCUAAGGUUAACAUGACUUUCAAUUACAUGAGGAUAAUGUGACUCAUCAGUGGAGUUUGAUGGUAUAACGUUAUUAUGUAAGUGGAGAUAUGAAAGGAGAAAGAUACCCGAAUACCCAAAUAUAUUGGUUACGAGAGAGAAAGCAACAUAAUAUUGAAGAUAAUGGGUUACUGGAGAUCUGAUGAAGUAACAAUAUAAAAAAUUAUAAUACUACAUAACUUGCACACCCACAUGUAGACGUACGUAAGUGGUGUAAAUAGUAUUCGGAGAAAUGUUCAGAGUGGUCACUUUGUGGAUAAUGUGAGGUAUGAUAAGGUUAAAACAUUGUACGGGACUUUCCCCAAACCAAUAGGAUUUUUAUUUUUGUAUUGCUUGUAACUGUUUCCGGUAAUGCUGUUAGGGGAAUAACCUGCGUGUAAAUGUAAUCUGCUGCUGUAUUUUUUUGUGUUAUCUGUGAUCGAUUUGUUUGUCUUGUUGAGUUUCUUAAUCAUUGUACCUAAACCGUAUGUGUAAACAUAAAAGAGACCUUGGUCUCAGUCUGUGUUCCUUGUUGAAAUAAAGGUAUAAUAAUAAUAAAAUGAUUAAUAGAACCAA